AUGAGUGUGGGACGAAUCAGUCGGUACAGCAUUGUGUCAUCUGAGGAGGACGGGCUUCGUCUGACCACGAUGCAUGGCAGCGGUGGUGGCAUGAAUGGCUAUGGAAAUGGUAAGAUCCACACGCGCCGGAAAUGCCGCAGUCGCUUUGUUAAAAAAAAUGGCCAAUGCAACGUUCAGUUCACCAACAUGGAGGAGAAAUCGCAGCGCUACCUAGCUGAUAUUUUCACUACCUGUGUGGACAUCCGCUGGCGAUAUAUGCUAGUGGUUUUUACACUGGUGUUUGUGGUUUCCUGGCUGGCAUUUGGGCUGGCUUUCUGGGUCAUUGCCCUUUUCCAUGGUGACCUUGACAACCCAGCUGGUGAUGACAACUUCACACCCUGUGUUUUGCAGGUCAAUGGCUUCAUUGCUGCAUUUCUCUUUUCCAUUGAGACGCAGACAACCAUUGGCUAUGGGUUUCGCUGUGUGACAGAAGAGUGCCCACUGGCUGUGUUCUUGGUUGUGUUCCAAAGUAUUGUGGGUAGCAUCAUUGACUGCUUCAUGAUAGGCGCAAUUAUGGCCAAGAUGGCACGGCCUAAGAAGCGGGCACAGACGUUGCUGUUUUCCCACAAUGCCGUCAUUGCUCUCCGGGAUGGGAAGCUGUGCUUGAUGUGGCGAGUUGGGAACCUUCGGAAGAGUCAUAUUGUAGAGGCACAUGUUCGCGCUCAGCUCAUAAAACCACGUGUCACAGCGGAGGGAGAAUACAUCCCACUGGACCAGCUAGACAUCAAUGUGGGCUUUGACAAAGGGCUGGACCGCAUCUUCCUCGUCUCUCCACUGACCAUACUGCAUGAGAUCGAUGAGGACAGCCCGCUAUUUGGAAUCAGCAAGCAAGACCUGGACUCUGCCGACUUUGAGAUCGUGGUGAUCCUGGAAGGCAUGGUGGAGGCAACAGCCAUGACUGCCCAGGCGCGCAGCUCGUACCUCGCCAGCGAGAUCCUUUGGGGGCACCGUUUCGAACCUGUGUUGUAUGAGGAGAAGAACCAGUACAAGGUGGAUUACUCGCACUUCCACAAGACCUAUGAGGUGCCGUCUACACCACGCUGCAGUGCCAAGGACAUGCUGGAGAAUAAAUACCUGCCACCAAGCUCUAACUCCUUCUGCUAUGAGAAUGAGCUGGCCUUCCUCAGUCGUGAGGAAGAAGAAGAGGAAGAGGCAGCAGAGAGAGGUGACCAGGCGAUGAGCCUCAGCCCGAACCGAACACCCUGUCACGAGUUUGAGAGGCUGCAGAACCCUCGUGGCCUGGAGCAAAGGUCAUACCGCCGGGAGUCUGAGAUAUGA